GAAGGGGCAACAAACACUAAUUUUUUCUAAGAAGCAAGCUAGAUCGCAUGGCAGUUUUGAGGGGGAUUUGCGGGAGUGGCUUGCUGCUGAGGGAUCCAGCGCGUGGGAGCUCGGCUUUCUUGGGCGUCCCGGUUGUAGCGGCUAGAUCUUCGCGAGUUUCCAAGGUCCGGGGAGGGGGGAUUCGAGCUGUCAAGACCGAGAAGGUGGGAGCAGACUAUGUCGAGAUUCUGCCGUCGGGUGAGUGGCCCGAGAAUUUCUCCAUGCUCAACUUUGAGGAUCUCUCGCUCCACUUCGCGCCCACGCUCUUCAAGGCCGAGGCUCAACCAUCAACCCUCCUCGCGGAUGUGAUGUCCGGGCUUCGCUUCUCGGCGGCGCAGGACGAUCUUCUCGAGGCGAUCGAGCACUGCUUUGACGAGGUUUCUGGAGUUCCUGUGCUGGACGAGGAGCGCAAGUGUAUUGGAGUGGUGUCUAGAAAGGACCGAGACAAGGCCACCAACGGGCUGAAAUCGCCAGUCUCUGAGGUGAUGAGCUCACCAGCAAUCACAUUAUCUGCCGACAAAACUGUUUCAGAUGCUGCUGUUAUCAUGCUUAAGAAGAAGAUCCAUAGGAUCCCUAUAGUAAACGAUUCCAACGCAGUUAUUGGCAUGGUCACCAGGACGGACAUUUUCACAGCACUGGAGGGAAAACAUGAAUGAUAUCUUAGAUGUAAUUACAGACCUAACUUCUUUAAUGAACGUGCAUUGUGGUCAGUCAAGCACAAACUUUCAUCUUG